AUGAAAGUUCCAGAUUGCGAAGUUUCUCCCUCAUUAUCGUCAUCAUCAUCGUCGUCGUUAUCCACAUCUUCAACGGUGUCAGCUACAAAGCCGUCUGAUCAAACCAAUCAGUCGAAUAAAUCGUCCACUGGUUUUUCCUUCAAUCCAACCACAACGACCACAAAAAUCUCGUUUGGUGGUACAUCGUCACUGAAUGACUCAAAUAAAGAUAACACAGAGAGUGAAAGACGAGGUAAGAAACGGGCGAAGCGAGGCGGUCCGAACGAGAAAGAAUCUGAAGUCAUCAUAUCAUACCAGAGUCCGAAAACAACGAUGCCAUUCUCGUUUGAUAAGCAGCCACAAUCAACAAACACUAAAACCACAUCUGCGUCUUCACUCAACUCGUCAACUCAGAACAUCUUCUCUCCUAAAUCGUUAUUCUCGUUUGGUGGUUCGGCGAAAGAUCAGCAGACCACGAAGUCAGACAACACGGUUGACGUGAAUAAGUCGCAAGGAGAUGCUGCAUCUGAAGAUAAGCCGAAGAAUGUCGUCUCCUCUCCAUUUUCGUUUCUCGGCGCUUCAGAUUCGAAAAUGUCCUCGUCGUCAACGACCACAAAUGCAACAACCUCAAUUUCGUUUGGUACUUCGAAAUCAUCGUCAUCAAAUGACAGUAAUACAUCAACUGCAAUAAAACCAUUAUUCACUUUUGGCAAAGCAGCUGAUAAUACUGAUAGCGGCAAAGCAGCUGAUAAGCUGCAAGCAUCAUCCACUUUCAAAACGCCAGUAUUCCCAUCGAUCGCCUCAGUAACAAAAGGAGAUACGUCAACAUCGUCCUCGUCAUCAUCCACUAUUAAACCAUUGUUCUCAUUCGGAACUCUCAACAAAGAUGCAUCAACUAAAGGCAUAUUCAGUGAAAAUGUGAUAAUGGUCUACUAUUGUUCAGGUUUUUCAUUUGGAGCACCUCAGCUCGGCACCACGUCAAGUAAUCAGUCAACAGAUAAAGACGAUGAUAAUGAAGAGUAUGUACCACCAAAAGCAGAGGCCGUAUUAGAGGAUGAACCGAAUGCGAUCUUUUCAUCCAAAUGCUCGGUGUUUAUUCUGAAAGGUAAAUCUUAUGAAAAACUUGGCGUUGGUCAGCUGCAUAUCAAGAAAACGGAUCAGGACAAAAAGAUUCUUCUUGUGCGAGCAGCCACAACGAUUGGAACGAUUUGGUUGAAUUCGUUUAUUGACAAGAACAUGAAAUGCGCGAAAGCAGACGAUGUUAAGUUGCGAGUGAGUUGCGUGAGUGAUGGACACCCGUCAACGCAUUUAAUCCGUUUACCGAGUGCAAAGGAACGUGAACAGGUCGAAAAUGAAUUGUCACAAGGCAGUGGAAAUAGUGAUUGA